GAGUUUGAGUUUCCCGCAAGCUUUUGAUUCGACUUGAAUGAAACCCUCCGCUUUUCAGGAUGAAUACGGACAUUUCCUCCCUUUAACCGCCGAGAGGACGUUCAACAGCUCAGCGAGCCUGGAGGGGGUUAGAUGGGAUGGACAGCAAAGGUAGCUCCCUGCCUUCGAUGCCCGAACCAGCCAACCCGAUCAGCAUGAAGCAGCCACCGGAGUCCCUGAGUGUACGGAAAGGACGGGGGGACAUGGGCAGUGACCCAGCUCUGCUAAUGGACAAAGCUGCUGCACAGCUGGCUGCCACACUACAAGACGGCGGUCUGCAGAAGAUGCCUGGCCACAGUCACAGCAACCACAGCCACGAGAGGCUCAAAGACCUCACCUCCCUUGUGCUGAACGGUGACCAAGACGCGCUGCCGACGCUUUGCACCCCGGAGCCCCCCAUGCUGAAGGGCGCUGAAGCCCCUGCUACCAAUGGCACCCAUCAGCUGGAUUGCAUUCCUCACGCUGAACCUGAACUCAAGGUGACGAUACCCCAGGUGAUCAACCAGCCGCUGUUCGAGCCGUGCUGUGCCAAUGGGACCAGUUUGGCCACAGCCAUUGAUGGUACUAUAUCUGGAGCAGAUGAUAGACAGGACCCGAAGAAAAGGAAGGGAGGAAGACCUCUCAAACCGAACCUUCAAACAAACUUCAGUCCCUCCGUAAUCCCCGUGGAGCCACUUGAUCACACGAAUGCUGUAGAGGGAGCUGGAGCAGCUGCUGAGCCUGAACCCGUCACUACUCCUGAAGUGACGGAGAAGAAAACGGAAGCGCCUCCUUUGCCAAUUAGCUUCUCUGUUGGGGAUCUGGUUUGGACAAAGGUGUCAGGAUACCCCUGGUGGCCCUGCAUGGUGACCACAGACCCAGAAAUCAACAAUCAUGUCAAACAGAAACCGAAAAUCAACAGCAGGACGGGCCUUUUUUACCAUGUGCAGUAUUUUGGAGAUGCCCCAGAGAGAAGCUACAUCUUCGAGAAGAACAUGGUGUCCUUCACUGGGGAGGAUCAAUACCAGGAGCUCAGCCAGAGCAAGAAACAGCCGGCCUCCCGGGUUAUCCACAAAAAGACGACUCCCUCUAUACCCCGUAAACUCCGGGCUCAGUGGAACAUGGGCAUCAUUCAGGCCAAGGAGGCUCUCAGCAUGUCGCUGGAUACUCGCAUGACCAACUUCGGGUUUGUGUACGACGACAGCGGGCCUCACCUGAACCCCCUCAUCUUGGAGAAGUUGAAGCCGGUGCACAGCGACGAGGUGAACCUGGACGGAGAGUGUCGACUCAGCCCCGAUCUGCCCUUUCUGCUGGCGGGUCCUGCUGGUGAACCCUCCGUGGCCCCCCAGCCCCAAGAUAGCACUUCAACAGGGAAAAAGACAAAAGCACCUGGAACAAAACGCAAAGCUGGGGAAUGGAAGAAAAGGGGAACCGGCGAUCUAAAUAUUUUCUUGUCCAAAAAGAAGCUGAAUGCCACGGUUUCUUCCAAAGCAAUGCUUCAACCACAUCCAUCCUCACAGAAUCCCUCAACUUCUGAAUCAGGUGUACCUCAGAAGAAAAAGAGGAAACCCAGACAGCCCCAGUCUCCCACCAAGACCGUGAGGAGAAAGAAAGCGACUGUGACGACGGACAACGCUUCUGACCCCGUGAAGAAGAGGAAAAAAACAAAGCCGGUUUCUUCGACGGAUGAUGUUUCGGAAGCGGUCUCACUUCCACUUUCAGUUCCAGUGAAGAGGGAGCGAAAGAAGAUGUCUAAAAGGCCGCUAGCAGACACGGCCGACAAGGACCAGCAGCCUAAAAAGAGACGCAGAACUGGCAAAGACGCUGAAAAACAGGCUUUGAAUUCAGAAGGAACUGAGAAAAAGCGGAGAAGAAGAAAGAAAGCUGACGUAAAAGAUGUGAAAGAGCCCAAGAAAUGGGUGAAAAAGCCUAAAGGUCCCCUUACUGGUGACGAAGAUGCAGCGAAACCAAAGCGCAGGAGGAAAAGGAAGCAGGACGGAGAGAAUCAGGCGACGCCCUCCAAGGCGAAGAAGAGGCGGUCCUCGCCGUGUCCUGAUCCUGAGGGUUCUGGGAGUGAAGGACGUCCUGAUUCUCCCAGCGACAGUUUGGACGGGACGAAGAAGGGUGAGCGGAAGAAAGAGUUCGUCUGUCAGGUGUGUGAGCAGGCCGGUGACGACCUGGUGCCCUGCGAAGGUCAGUGUUUAGGGAUGUUUCACCUCCACUGUCUGGGUUCGUCCCUCAAACUCGACGACAAGCUGCAGUGCCAGGCGUGCAGCACAGGAGUUCACGCGUGCUUCAACUGCAAGCAGUCGGAUGGUAAAGUCCGCCGCUGUCACGUCCCGCACUGCGGCAAGUUUUACCACGAGGCCUGCGUCCGCCUGAACCCCCUGACGGUGUUCGACAACAGGGGCUUCCGCUGCCCGCUCCACGCCUGCCUCAGCUGCCACUACGGCUGCCGCACCAAGCAAAGGUCGACCAAGGGGAGGUUGAUGCGUUGCCUGCGCUGCCCGGUAGCGUAUCACGUCGGCGACCAGUGCGUGGCCGCGGGGAGCGAGAUGAUCACCAACACCGCCAUCAUCUGCACCAACCACUUCAACGCCAAGAAGGGCUACAGCCACCACAGUCACGUCAACGUCAGCUGGUGCUUCGUCUGCUCUAAAGGAGGCCAGCUGCUGUGCUGCGAGUCUUGCCCCGCGGCUUUCCACCCUGACUGCCUGAACAUCGCCAUGCCCGACGGGAGCUGGUUCUGCAACGACUGCCGAGCCGGGAAGAAGCCCAAGUACAGGGACAUCAUCUGGGUCAAACUGGGAACAUACAGAUGGUGGCCGGCAGAAAUCCACCACCCAAGAAGCAUUCCCACCAACAUCCAGCACCUUAAGCACGAGAUCGGAGAGUUCCCGGUGUUCUUCUUCGGCUCCAAGGAUUACUUCUGGACCCACCAGGGCCGAGUGUUUCCCUACAUGGAGGGCGACAGGGGCAGCAAGCAUCAGAGGACCGGCAUCGGCAAAGUCUUCAAGAACGCUCUGUUGGAGGCUGAAGCUCGAUUCAAGGAGAUGAAGUUGAAGCGAGAGGCCAAGGAAGCUCAAGAGAACAGCCGAAAACCGCCCCCGUAUAAAUUUAUCAAGGUCAACAAACCCUUCGGCAAGGUUCAGGUCUACACCGCCGACAUCUCCGAGAUCCCCAAGUGCAACUGCAAGCCGACCGACGAGAGGCCGUGCGGGUUCGAGUCCGAGUGCCUGAACCGCAUGCUGCAGUACGAGUGCCACCCUCAGGUGUGUCCCAGCGGGGAGCGCUGCUGCAACCAGGACUUCACCAAACGCCUCUACCCGGAGACCCAGAUCAUCAAGACGCCGGGCAAAGGCUGGGGUCUGAUCUCCCUGAGGGACAUCAAGAAGGGGGAGUUUGUGAACGAGUACAUCGGGGAGCUGAUCGACGAGGAGGAGUGCCGGGCGAGGAUCAAGUACGCCCACGAGAACAACAUCACCGACUUCUACAUGCUCACCAUCGACAAGGACCGAAUCAUCGACGCCGGUCCGAAAGGAAACUACUCUCGCUUCAUGAACCACAGCUGUCAGCCCAACUGUGAGACUCAGAAGUGGACGGUGAACGGCGACACUCGGGUCGGUCUGUUCGCCGUCUGUGACAUCCCGUCAGGGACCGAGUUAACCUUCAACUACAACCUGGACUGCCUCGGCAACGAGAAGACUGUCUGCCGCUGCGGAGCUCCGAACUGCAGCGGUUUUCUGGGAGAUCGACCGAAGAACUCCAACGGCCAUGCAGCCGAUCCAAAAGGAAAGAGGUUGAAGAGGAAAUACAAGAAGAGGAAAACUGAGGGGAAGAAGAAGUCCGAGGACGAGUGUUUCCGCUGCAGAGACGGAGGGCAGCUGGUGCUCUGUGAUAAGAAAACCUGCACCAAAGCUUAUCACCUGUCCUGCCUGAACCUCACCAAGAGACCCUUCGGCCGCUGGGACUGCCCCUGGCACCACUGUGACGUCUGCGGGAAGAACUCGGAGGCCUUCUGCCAGCUCUGCCCCAACUCCUUCUGCAAGGCCCACCAGGAGGGGGCGCUGCGUCCGUGGCCCGCCACCGGCCAGCUGUGCUGCAUGGAGCACGACGAGCUGGAGGGAGCCGACGGCCCGGCGCAAGACGCCGCCGGCUCGGAGACCAACGCUGCCGCCGCCGUCGCUAACACCGGCCUCCCCGCUAAAGGCUCCAGGAAGGCGGACGGAGCCGAGGCCAAAACGAAGGGCUCCAAGAGGAAAGCAGCCGAGGCCUGAAGUGACCUUUCAGGGCGCCAACAGACCAAACCAAGACUCUCACAUCCUUCUUCUUUUUUUUUUUUUUUUUUUUUACCCUCCCCUCCCUCCGUCGUGUUUCAGAAUCACAGGAACCAAGGCACUGUACAUCUUCGUCAUCAGGGAACGCCGCUGAUCUCUCACGUGCUCGGCCUUCAGCUAGCCGCUCGUUCUUUGUUAUUAUUAUUAUUAUCAUCGUUUUCAGGUUUUUAUUUGUUGUUUUUCUGUUUGUCUGCACUGAGUCGAACCAUCUGUGGUAAAGCACAAACGAGCAGGUCAGGACACCUACUUCAGCUACUGGAUUCACUCUUCCACCAACCAAACUGCCUUGUUUUUGUUUGUUGUUGUUGUUGUUUGUGUCGUUUUAUUAGAAAAACAAAAGAAACCCGACAAAAUCCAGCCUGAAGUUAGACUGGCCGUCUGCUAACUUGAAUCUCAGUCGCCCUCCCCUCCUUCACUCAACACGGAUUACCUUGAACAGCAGAGUUUUAUCGCUAUAUCUAUAUAUGUGUAUAUCAAAGACCAAAAUUAUUAUGACUGGAGUUGGUGUACGGCGUCAAACAGGUUGCCAAAUGGAUGGUUUUUAUUUUUAUAUAUAUAGUAUAUAUAUGCCAGAUUUCCUAUCAAACGAGACACUAUGGGUAGGCUUCAGUAGCCGUAGAUCGUUUAACUGUAGAUGCUAUUUUACAACCUGUUAUCUUGUUUUAGCUCAGCUUUUUUUUUUUUUCGUUUAUUUUUUUCUCUCAAAGAUGCUGCAAGUCACGUCCAGAGAACGAGGGGUUAAACCGCCGCUAAGAAACAAACACUACCGGGAGGUUUUCGACGCUCUCCGUUUGAUGAUUUAACAAAAAAAAAUUUAAAAAAUGAAGGAAUGAGAGCGAGACUUGUGUUUCACAGCCGAGUCCUUUUGGUGCUUUUUUUUGUUUUUUUUAGUAUUUGAAAAUCUGAGGUACAAAGUUUGUUUUUUUUAGGUAUAAAUACUCCCGUGAUGCUGUCUGGAACCUGAACGCUGGACUUUUUAUCGACCCUCGGUGUUAUUUUUUUAAUCCUCAGGAGGCUUCAAAGUCCGAUUAUCGUCGGACGCUUUAACGCUGGCCGACACCUCGUAACUCAGUUUAUCGUCUGUCGAGGGGAUUGCGCGGCGCGGUGGGGAUGUUAGGACUCACAUCUCAGCUGUGAAACCCUGUUUUCUGUCCACACCGGCUCCCUACAACACGCUCAUGCUUCAAAACUGACAUUCAGGUCUUUAUUAUCACUGCAGAAAGCUCCACUACUCGCUAAAAGCCUCAUUAAACCUAAACGGAUGUAAGAGCUGAAAAUGGUGACGUUAAGUGAAAGUCUUUGGCGUUAGGACCACUGAGAACAUAAUUAACAGCAGCCUGGAUGUUUUUAGCCAUCAGGGGAACAACUCAGGCUUUCAGAAAUCCACAUCGUUUUCACCUCAACCUCAUUUCUAUCAUUUUUAAGUCAAAAUCUUAAGUGAGUGCCGGUGCUGCUCGACUCCUAGCUGAAUUUAAAGCGUCCAAAAUAACGAUUUUAUUUCCCACGACGCCUUAAAUCUGCUCAUUAUGUCGGCAAAUCAGGAUUUCUACGCCUUCUCUGAUUAGUUUCUGUUGAAUUUUUGAGCUCUAAACGAGUGAAAAUCGUCUUAUUUUACCAGAAAAGGCAAGAAAAAUCCACUUUUAUCCACCUCAACCACACUCGGUCAUCAUCAUGCUGAUUUAAAAAGUGCUUCGAGACGUUCUGAAGAUUCAAUCAGCUGUUCUGGGAGGUUUUCGUUGGUGCUCGUGUUUGACCUUUAAUCUCCAAAAACAUCCCCAGAAAAGGAAAAAAAACCCCACAUUAGACUUGUACAGACGCAACAGGAGGCUGUUUUUGUUUUGUUUUUUAACGUACCUGCACUUUUUUUUUGUUCUUUUUUUUGUCCCACCUGUGAAAGUGCAGCGAGUGUCGUACGAGUGUCCUCCUCCUCCUCCUCCUCCUCCUCCUGCGUACCGACCGUCAUCCUAACCCUGAUUCUUGUGUUGAGUGAAUGUAGUCCAGCCAGUCGUCGUUUUCUUUUCCUAAGCACUGUAAUUCCCUGUAGAGCUGAGGCGUAACGUGGCGUUAGAGGGUUUCACUCUGUAACUACUGUCAUAGCGAACCAGAGACUAAUAUGUACAUAAUGUAUAAGUGGUCAUAGUGAUGCAUCUAUUGUAAAUAUCAUACAAUCUCUCCACGUUGUAUGUUUUUUUUUGUUGUUUUUUUUUCCUCCCCUGAUGCAGUGCUGAAACACUUUUGUGCAGGAUCUCACGUCAGUUGAAUCGUGCAAUAAAAAAAAGUGGUCAAACGUUCA